AGGCUGUAUAUAAGGUAGGUCGAGGGAUCAGGAGGCACAGAGCAACAUGGCCCGUCUAGCAGUCCUCACUCUAGCCUUCGGGCUAUUCGCUAUUACUUACGCCGCACCAGGUGGAUAUGGUGGCGGUAGCCAAGGUGGUGGCAGCAUAGGUGGCGGCUACGGCGGCGGUGGCGGCGGCGGUGGCGGCGGUGGCUUCGGCGGUGGUCUUGGCGGCGGCGGUGGCCACGGAGGAAGCGGUGGUCUCGGCGGCGGCAGUGGCCACGGAGGAAGUGGUGGGCAUGGAGGCGGCUUCGGCGGUGGCCAAGGAGGCGGCGGCGGCUUUGGCGGUGGCCAGGGAGGCGGCGGCGGCCUCGGAGGUGGUAGUGGACACGGAGGCCAUGGUGGACACGGAGGCAGUGGUGGAAUCGGUGGAGGACACGGCGGCGGUAAUGGCGGUGGUUUCGGCGGCGGAAUAGGCGGUGGUAGCGGCGGUGGUCACGGCGGUCACGGUGGCGGUGGACACGGUGGACACGGACACGGUGGUCACAGCGGAGGAGGCUACGGUGGUUCUGGUGCCAUUGCUAGCGCCAACGCAAACGCCCAAGCUAGCGCUGGCGGUGGCCACAAAGGAGGAUACGGACGCUGAACUGAUGCAUGAAUAUCGUUAAGAACAACAAAAAUUCAAAAGCUCAAUGUGAUAAAACAAAUAGUUUACUUUUCGCCAUACGUAAAUAUGUAUAAAUGCAAUCCAAAUAAAUUUUAUUUUUUAUAAAA